CUCUCCUCAGUUGAAAAAUAAUAUUCAUCGAGUGAAGAACUUCGCUGUGCGAAAUAAAUAUCUAAGUUGUUUUAAAAAUUAAAGAAGAAAAUGUCGCUGUCUCAACUAAUUUCUUUGGUUAACGAGCUGCAGGAGCCUCAUCGUCCUCUCUACGAUUACGGACUGGGCAUUCAUCCCAUUCAGCUGCGGCAACCAAAAACUACUCAACAGAUUCUAUUGAAUCCCUGGCAGUGCGUACAUCCUGAAUGUCCAACUUCGGCGAUCGGAAAGAUUUUGGGCAGCCGUCGCAGCCGUGACAUGGCAAAGCCAACAAAUGGAGCGGGCGAUGGUUGGCACUGGCCUGUCUCGCAGGUGGGCAAAGACGGCUUCCAGGUGUGCAUGGAUGUCACUCAGUUCACUCCAAGCGAACUAAGUGUUAAAGUAGUGGACAAUUUUAUUAUCGUCGAGGGCAAGCACGAGGAACGUGAGGACGAUCAUGGCUUCAUCUCGCGCCAUUUCUUGCGUCGCUAUGCCCUGCCCCAAGGCUACGAUGGAGAUAAGGUGGUCUCCUCUCUGUCCUCCGAUGGCGUACUCACUGUGAGUGUACCCAAACCACAACCCCUUGAGGACAAAACCAAGGAGCGUGUGAUCCAAAUUCAGCAAGUAGGUCCAGCUCAUCUGAACGUCAAGCCCAACGAGGAGGAGCCGAAGGACAAGGCUGCCACCAAUGGCAAUGCAGCCAAGUAAUCGUUGGACGCUGGAAAUUGGAGGCUAACGAGCAACCUCUGAAACUGUGUCAUCCUCAUUCCUCACUAAACCCCAUUGUAUUUAUUAAAAGUCAUAUUUAUUGUAAUGAACAGAAGACUAAAUAAUCUAGUAACAAAUAAUUCAACAAUUCCAACUGAAUUAAAAAU